AUGAUUGUUCUUCUCAAUCUUGCUGAAGCAGUAUUUACUGACGUACCACCUCCACCGAAACGUCCAGACCAUUUUCGUACAAAAGAUGAAUUGAAACGAUAUUUACAAAAACUUCAUGAAUAUCAUAUGAUUCUUGGUAGAUGGCGUAGUCGACGUAAUGAUGAUGAUUUAUUUCGAUUCUCAAACAACAAUAAUGAUCAUUAUACGUUAAAUGAUGAGAUUUCUCGACGAUUGAAACUCCAACAAAACGAUGAAUUCUAUCACUAA